AACUGUUUCACAAAUAUUUGCCGGCAGCUAAACGAAUCAGUCAGUCAGUCGUGUGCAUAGUGUUGAAGUGAGUAGAGUUUAUUAUUUGUUUUUAUCCGUAUGUAUGUAUGUUUGUUUGUUUGAUUGUGAUUCGGCGAAAAUAAAAAAAAAUACAAAAAUUAAUAUAGUGAAAGUCAAACGUCGCAUCAAAGUAAUGCUGCGAGCGUUUACAUCCAUAAUUAAUUAAACAAAUCACUUCGGUUCGUGCAUUGGCCUCUGGUUACCUGCAUAAUAUCUAAUAAUUUCUCCACCAAUUUUGGCUGCAAUUUAAUUUGUUGUUUAAAAACUGGUGAGCGCCGCAAUCAACGGGUAAUCGCUUUUUACCUGACACGUUCAAUAAACUGAAAUUUAGUAGUUAACGAAACAAGUCGUGAAACAGUCAAGAAAAGUAUUUACAACUCAUUUGCUUGUUAAGUGCAGCAAUUUAUAAACACACACACAUAUAUAUGCAUAUAUAAAUCGAAGUGAAGGUGUACAAAUUUGUUGGAAAACCCAAAACAAUUUAAACAUUCCGCGAGAAAUCUACAUACAAGUGUAAUGCACCUUAAAGUAAGUGAGCGUGUAAAUUAGUUUUGCGUCAAUGAGCAAAAUUUUCAUUGGAAAAAUCAACUUCCAUUCAGUUUGCCAGAGCGGCGGAAGAGUGCAAUUGAAUCGGAGCAGUGAGCUGUGUACGGAAAUGAGUAGAUCGUUGAAAGCAAGCACAUAGCUACCAACAACACUAAGACACAUACAAAAGCAAAAUGUAUUUUCUCUAAGUGUGGGAGUUUUAUUCCAUUAGAAAAAGAGGAAAUCUUAAAAAAACCGCUCAGAAAUAUAAAAUAUAAAAAUUAUAACAAAAAAAACUCGUAGCAUUACAAAUUGCAUUACAGUAAAUGAGAGGCUGUCGUUGACUCGCAACUCACAACUCGAAAUUGUUCGUGUAUGAAAUUCAAGUAGCAGCUACAGGACAGGAGACCAGACGAGACGGGAUACAAGACGGCUGCAGCGGAUCUGCUAAGAGAUUGGAACGUUUUCUGUGGUGCUGCUGGUGCUUGACAAUUGAAACGCAGCCAGACGGGCAAAGUGUGUGUGGCUGUAUCUGGGUGCGACACUCAUAAAAUAACAAAAUAAUAUAGCUUGGAGUACGUGACGCGUGCACACGUAGAUUGGCUGUAGCUGGUGACCGUGACGGCUGAAAGGCGGAGUGACACUUUUAUAUUUAGUUUGAUCGCAACGACAUGGCCUGCCUAAAUUGUGAGCUGGCCGCAACUAUGAAAUGGCGACUAGCGGUGAUAUAUCGAUGAUCUCACCACCAUCGUCUUCCAUUUCGAACGGCCAGGAUCCUUUCGGACAAUUGCCGCCGCUGCCACCGCCACUGCGUUCAACACAAGUGCUUCAACCGCUAACGGUUUUUCCAGUGACCAAUUUGAGCGAAGACUCUUACGAUUAUGUUUUUGGUGGUCGACGUAAGACCCCGCCUGCUACAAGAACAACCACUACACUCAAGCUGACCUCGCCUCCCAUACGCCUGCGACCAGAAGACGCUCACCAUCGAGGUGGCAACGUAAAUAAUGGUGGCCGUUUUUAUCGUCAUUCCUUUAGUUACGCGCCAAAACGCACCCGACACGGCAACAACAGCGAACGCAAUGAAAAUCGUGAAUCACGACUGAGAUGUCAUGGCGAAGACGAAGCAACACUGCGCCAACUGCUGCUCGACAUUGUACACUAACUGAGCAGAUUAUGUUAAUUUAAGUGCACCCUCAAUAUGUCAAUUAAAAUUAUCAUUGCCAGCAUUAACAUUAGCAUUAACAAUAAUUAUAAUAUAACCAAAAACAAAAGCAAGUAAAAUAGCUAAGGGGGAGUAACAGGAAGUGAGAGUGCUACAUCUGCGUGUACAACCGGCGUUGUACGACUUAGUGCGUAUGUAUUGAUGCACUUGCAGUGUGACGACUUAAAGAUUAAUCUGUUCAGUUGAGAUUGUCACAAUUCUGCUGCGCGUAUUGUUGUUGUUUUUGUUUUGGUCUGAUUCGACGAAAAGCCACGCAGUAGUGUGCUCUGGCAACGCGCCGCCUAGGCUAUACAUCAAUGUCCACCAAUUGCGCGCAUCAAAGACAUUCACCAACAACCAGCCAAACGCAAACACAAAACUAAAAAACCAAGAAAACAGAAAAAACCAAAUAAGUUAAAUUCGAGUAUAUAAGAAAAAAACCACAAAUUGAAACGCUUAAAGAAACGGAGAUAAAUUACGACAACUAAAAACAAGAAGAACUUCCAAUCACAAUUUUAAUAGAAAAUAAAAAAAAUUCCAUAAAAACGUAAUGCAGAAAAGUUCAUUAAAAAUUAAAAAAAAAAAUUGAAAAUUUAACUAAUUAAAGUAACAGCACGAAUUCAAUAAUAGAAUUUUAAAAUAAUUGGCGAAAGCAACGUUUUUGCAAAAUAAAUAAAUCGAGAUUUGAAUUCUUGUUAACCAUAUAAUAAGCACAUACACAUAGAUCCUAAUAGCGUUUUAACCUAAUUCCGCAUACCGUAAUCCUAAGCGUACACGUAAGCCCUAGCGUAAAUAGCAGCAUUAUUUAUCGAUAUUACUCUCCUCGCAAGUGUCACCCUCCUGUCAAAGCAACAA